AUGGCCCCGGCUGCCAGCUGUGUGAUGCGUCCAGUCAAGCUCCCGGACGAGCAGCCGCUUGGUGACUCAGACAGGGCUAACCCGAAUCACUCGCCUACAAACUGCGAGCAGGAUGAAUGGGGCAAACGGGCGCUCUCAAAGCACCCCGACCCAUCGCUGACACGUCGCAAGGGCAAGAAUUCCUUCUCAGAGUUGGGAAGAAGGUGGAGGCGGCGGCCGCUCGCGAGGGGAAGCGGCCCGGGGUCUGCAGAUUUGACAUUAGACAGCCAUCCUCGUCGAGCUUCGGGGAUUUUCCAAGCAGGAUGCCGCUGCCUACGCGGGAAAGUGCGUGCUGGCCAUGUGACCCGCCGUGGCUUUCAGGUCUGCACCGUCCAGGGGUGCCGACGUCCCGCCAAGCGGUGUCCUGCUCCCCAGUCCCCGGAGGCGCCCCGACACACGCGCCGGCCGGCCACCCCGGGCAGCCCUCUGGGGUCACGAGUCCACCCCGCGCUCGCGCUCCCUCCUGUCCCGGGUUCGGGCCCACCGAGGCGCCGAGGCGCAGCGCCGGCGACGGUUCGGUGCCCGGAGAAGGGCGCGCCCGCGCCUCUCCCACCCCCGGGCGCACGCAGCCGGGGGCCGGCGCCCCGCAGCCGCCGGCGGGAGGACGCGCGGGGCGGGCCGGCGCGCGCCGGCGAGGGCCCGCCAUCCCCCCCGCCGCCCUCCGCCCCCCGAGGCCGGCCCCGCGCGUCGCCUCCCCACCGGGGCCGCCCGCCCAGCGCAUGCGCGCAGCGCCGCCGGGCGUGCCGGCCACACUCCCCCCACCCACUCCGGGAGCUUGUCACUUCCUGCCCGCGCCCCAUCUCCGUCCGGGGUCAGUCCGUCGCUCCGUGUCGCCGCCGGGAGACUUCUCCGCUUCCUCGCCCGCUCCGUCCCCUCGCCACGGCGCUCGCUCGGGCCGGCCGGGGAAGGGGCGGCCGAGAGAGGACCGCGGCGGCCGCAGGAAAGUUUCCCGACGCCUCCGCUCCCCCGAGAGGCCCCAGGUGGGGGACCCGCGCGCCUCCCCGCCCCUCUCCAAAGCCCGGGGGACCGUUGCAGGUGGAGCGGCGCCGAGGGGAGCCGGGCGCGGCGCGGCCGUUGCCCCGGCGAGGGGCGCCCCGGUCCCGGCCGCUCCGCCGCCAGCUCCUGCGGCCGCUGCGCCCGGCGGUUCCUCCUGUCAACCGCCUGCGCCCGCCGCCCGCCGCCCGCCGCCCGCCGCCCGCCCGCCGGCCCGGAGCGCGGAGGGCCGCCGCGGCCCGAGGACGUGGGGAGCCGUGGCGCUUCCGCGUCCGCGCCGCCGCCGCCGGGGGACUCUUUGAGGGAGCGCGCCGGGCCGCAGCCCGCGGGGCUCCGCGCGAGGCGCCGGCCGGGGCCGCGCCAGGUAGGGGCCCCCCUCGGCCGCGCCGUGCGCCCGGCCGCCGCCGCCGCCCGCCCCGGGAGUUGAGGAAGUUGGGCGCACCGGGCGGCGCGGAGCCCGGGCGCCCCGGGGAGAGCCCGCCGCACGCGGGAGGGUGCGCGGGCCGCCGCUCGGCCGCGCGGGGGGCCCCGCGUCCGCCCCUGCGCCCGGCGCGGCGCGGCGAGGCGAGGCCGCGGCCGCCUGCGCUGCCCGCCGGGCCUCGGCCGUGCGCCGCGCUGCGCUCGCUGCGCGCCGGACGCCGCGUUUCCGGGUAG